UGUCGGGCGAUUUCGAUGCGAUUACGGGAAAAAGGCCGGUAUGGUCCCUUUCGGGUUCUUUCUGCUGAUAAUAAAUAAAUUGUAAGUGAAAUUGCCACAAUGUUUCGUACAGUUAUUUUACAAGUACGCAACCAAAUUACCCGCUUAAACAAUGUACGAUAUUUUACGCAAGAAAUGAACGAAACAAUAAAUAUAGAAAAGUGUGUAAAUAAUGUAACAUUACUUGGAAGGGUUGGAGCAGAUCCCCAGAAACGUGGCUCUGAGCACCCAGUUGUAUUAUUUUCCCUUGCGACACAUACAAAUUAUAAAUAUGAAUCAGGUGAAUUUAUGCAAAGAACAGACUGGCACAAGAUAUGUGUUUUUAAGCCUAAUUUAAGGGAUGCUGUGUAUAAAUAUUUAAAGAAAGGUCAACGAGUAAUGAUAAAUGGUAGAAUAAGCUACAGUGAAUUUAAAGAUACGGAAGGAAAAGAUGUCUUCGCUACGUCUAUUAUAGCAGAUGAUAUAAUAUUUUUCCAAUAAAGUUUCAUAUGUAAACUGUAUAUAUUUUUCUUUUCAAUAAAAUUAAUGAAAAUAGACACUUCGAUU